AUGGGUAGAGUCGUGGCAACCAUAGAGUCGUCAGGGAAAAGGCAGACAGCCGGCACAACAAUCCUGAAGCUACGACCUGUUCCUGUCAAGCCAUCUGACUUGGAGUACCACUUAAGCAUGCUGAUGGCGGCGUACUCUGAUCCUAUCGAUAUUGUUCGGGUAGCCCAAGAUCUCGCGUCUCGAUGCAGGGCAAAGAUUACCCCGACGCUGCCUUCUGAGCCCCAAGAGCCAGUGGCUUCGAAAGACAGUAAAGGAGCCAGGCGCAGUAAAUCACCUAAACAGCCUAAAAAGGGAGAACCGAAGGACGAAUUGGUUGCCCAAAUUCUCAGCUCGAAGUUUGUCCUCGACAGUUGGUGUUUGAAGUACAAAGAUUUCGUCAUGCAAAACAUGGCUGGGGUACCCAAAACAACUGAUGGCAAAAAGCUCUUUUUACUUUUAGAAGGAGAGCUGGAUAAAACAGUCGAACUUGUCUUAACGCCGUCUUCAAUAAAAGCUUCCUGGGUGAUGAACUUGAAGUGCCCAUUCAUGAGGGACUUCGUCAAUCCAGACUUACGGAAAACUGCAAGGGAGGGAAUGUUUCAGUAUGCACUUUCUCGUCGCAGCCUUAGCAAGCGACUUGGUCGCAAGCUGCGAUCCAUAGGGAACUUCUUUUCAAAGAAGUUUACCUGGAAGAGGAAGAGCAGCCCGGGAGCAGCAGCGAACAACGAAUGGGCCAUCAUCAAUGUUGGCACAGGAAUUUGGGACUCCACGAGGCAUCGUUUCGAGCACACUUUAACGUUCCGGCCAGAGAACAUGAGCUGUGGUAAGGAGCUACAGCGCUUUUUCUCUGCUACCCUGUGGCUUGAGCUUUCUUCUGAAAGAGGCAGUGUUUCACCAGCAGCAAAUGCAUUAACACACCCGAAGCUCUUGCAUUCACAGGAACUGGGAAAGGCCCUAGGAGGCCUAUAG